AGAGCAAGAGACAAAUUGCGCCAAUACCAGCCAACCAGAGUAGUGGACACAACAGGUUCCAAAAGGGCGGCUGUUAUCUACUACGUCCGUAUUUAUGUAUAUAACAGAGAGAGAGGAAUUUCCCUAAAGUCGUAUGCUACAAACCGAAUGUUUUUGUAUAAAGUAAAAUAAUGGAAAUUAUUUAUUAUUAACGUGUUCAUUUUCGACCCCGAAAGGGUAAAAGGCAAAGUCGACCUCGGCGGAAUUCGAACUCAGAACAUAACAGCAGACGAAAUACCACUAAGCAUUUCAUCUGUCAUGCUUACGAUUCUACCAAUUCGCCGCCUUAUGGGGAGGAAAAUUUUGAAAGACAGCAAUACAUGCGAGAGUGAGAAAGAAACGAGGAGCGUUGCCUUGGGAUGUGCUCGAAACGACAGCCAAAUCUCCUUUAAAUCACAAGUUUUCCUCUGAAAAUAUUUACAAUUUUAUUUUAUUUUAUUUUUUUACACAAAAGGCUCCUCUCAUAUUUUUGAAGUGCAAAAAAUUGGCCAAAAUCGGUCUGGGUGGGUGGGUAAGAAAAAUGAACUUAUGUGGUCUUCCCAAUCCGAAACUGUGUUUUCUCAAUACUCCCCUCCCCACUCCCCGGAAAAAAUUUUCCUCAUAAAUUUCUUUAUAAUCGUACUCAAUGCCAUUUGAAAGGUGUUUAUAUAAAAUUUCAUUAAAAGGGAAAAAAUCGAAUUGUGUGAAUUUUGCGGAAGUCCUCUCUCCACCCCUUGACACUAUCGCAUACAAUAUGGACUCAGCAAAGAAACAAGACAUCAGUAAUCUUGCUGCUUCAGUUGAUUAUUUUACAAACAGUCUUUAUCAAUCUGUGGCUACAGGAACCAACGAAAAUGUCUUCAUGUCACCAUUCAGUGUUGCUACUGUUUUAUCGAUGGUUUAUUUGGGAGCAAGACAAAACUCUGCCAAACAGUUUGAAAAUGUUUUGAAGAUAACUUCUAAUCCAGAUUCUGUAGCUUUGGCUUUUAAAGAAUAUUUUUCCCUUUUGAAAAACUCAGAUAAACUUGUCACAUUCAAUUCAGUGAAUCGUUUGUAUGCCAGUGAAAAAUUCCCUAUUUCAGAAGACUACAAGAACAAUAUUUCAAACUAUUUCUUCUCUGAUAUUGAAAAUGUAGACUUUAUAACAAAUGCGGAAAAAACAAGAAUAGCUAUUAAUGAUUGGGUUAAGAAUAACACGAAUAACAAAAUUACUGAUCUGUUACCAAGUGGAAGUUUGACACCUCAGUCGGUUCUAGUUCUUAUUAAUGCUGUGUACUUUAAAGGAAUGUGGGCUGAAAAAUUCUCAGAACAUGCAACAUCAUCUAGAAAGUUUUAUUUAAGUUCUGACAAGACUGUUUCUCAUGAUUUUAUGUUUAAGUCUGAAGAUUUUCAUAUAAAAAUAAGCGAAAACUAUAAAGUUGUUGAGUUGCCUUAUAUAGGAAAAGCUUUUAGUAUGUUUGUAAUUCUUCCCAAUGAAAUCAAUGGUCUUGCUGCUUUAGAGAAGGAGAUUAAUGCUGAAUUUCUCAAAGACAUUGUAGACGGAAAAGGAUUCAAACUGAGGCGUCUACAAUUAAACAUGCCAAAAUUUCGUUUAGAGAGUAGUUUUAAGUUGGGUGAUGUUUUGAAAAAGCUUGGACUCCCUGAUAUUUUUGAUCCACAAAAAGCUGACUUAUCUGGAAUGACCGGUGGUGAAAAGAAUAUUUGUGCCAGUGAAAUGUUUCAUAAAGCAUUCGUUGAUGUUAAUGAAGAAGGAACAGAAGCUGCAGCUGCAACUGAGAUCCACUUAGUGCUUUGUUCAGCAAAAAUUGGUAUGGAUUUUGAUGUCAAUCACCCAUUCUCAUUUUUAAUUGUUGAUAACCGAACUAAAAUGAUUCAUUUCAUUGGUAAAGUAACAAACCCUACAAUAUAGAUGAUAUUACCCUGUCAAUGAUUUUCCUCUUAUGGAAUACUACAUUGUAUUAUGUUGACAAUGUAACUAAGCAAAUUUAUUUAGAAUCUUUUUUAGCAGAAUGACUUAAGCCAUUACAGUUGUAAUUGUACAGGACCAUGGUCAUAUCUAUUCAAUGAAAUAUUAUAAGACCACUUUAAUCUAAAUCAAUAUUAUUAACUUGUAUUUGCUAUACAUUUACAGAAAAAUAUUACACUUUUUAAAGUAUCUUUUCUUAGCAACUUUAUUAUUUUAACAAUAUACUUAUUGUUGCCUGUAAACAUUAUUUACUGGUUAAAUAAAGUGAAAUCAAUAUUUGUAUGUUUCAUAUUAAUAAAGUAUCUCAGUAAAUAUUCCAUUAUCA